CUUUAGUAAUAGGCUACUACACUGGUGAGUUUUAAAUCUCGAAAACGCAAUUGCGAUAUAAUCUAAAUAAUUACAGAAAACUUUUAUGUCUCUUAAUGGUCGGAACAAUAAUUUGAUUUUGACAAGGAAGCCAUCAAAUAUCAAGUCUGAGGCGGUGCCCUGUAAAGAGCGCAAGUUUGCGGACUUAUACUGUGCUGUAUGCAGCAGUAAUAUUAAAAGGUAAAACUGCUUGUGUUCGUUUCUUAUAGCUGUAUUCGUUUCGUUCAUAAUCUCUAAUAUUAAAAAUAUAACAUUUUGGAGAAUUGCUAGAAUUGAUCAUGAUGACUGGAACGGUCUCUGUUUUAAUGUCAAAGGUGGGCUGAAGGAAAAGAACAUCCAACAGACUGAAAAUAACUUAAUGAGAACGGACACUGACUGAAGGAGCAUGAACGACUCGUCGCGCCAUUACUUCAGCAUGAAACACAUGGACUACAUAUAUAAUAUUGACAAUAACAUAACUUUGAACGCAACGCUCGGCGAAAUGAAUGCCACAGGGAUCGCCCAAAUCAUGAUCCCUCAGGAAUUGUUUCUAAUGCUAGGCUUGAUCAGUUUGGUGGAAAACAUCUUGGUGGUGGCGGCCAUCAUCAAGAACAGGAAUCUCCACUCGCCAAUGUAUUAUUUCAUCUGCUGUCUGGCGGUGUCAGACAUGCUGGUGAGCGUCAGUAAUGUGGUGGAGACACUCUUCAUGUUAUUGACGGAGCACGGGCUGCUGCUUGUCACGGCAAAGAUGUUACAGCACUUAGACAAUGUGAUCGACAUUAUGAUAUGCAGCUCUGUCGUUUCCUCUUUGUCGUUCCUGUGCACUAUUGCGGCGGACCGCUAUAUCACCAUCUUUUACGCGCUUCGGUACCAUAGCAUCAUGACCACACAACGCGCCGUGGCCAUCAUCGCGGUGGUGUGGCUCACCAGCAUCACCUCGAGCUCUUUAUUUAUCGUUUAUCACACUGACAACGCAGUCAUCGCCUGUCUCGUCACGUUUUUUGGCUUGACGUUGGUGUUCACGGCGGUUCUGUACCUGCACAUGUUCAUCCUGGCGCACGUCCACUCCAGACGCAUCAUGGCUCUCCAUAAGAGUCGCCGGCAAGCCACUAGCAUGAAGGGAGCCAUUACUCUGACCAUCCUGCUCGGGGUUUUCGUCAUCUGCUGGGGGCCGUUUUUUCUCCACCUCAUCCUCAUCCUCACCUGUCCCACCAAUCCUUACUGCAAGUGUUAUUUCAGUCAUUUCAACCUGUUUCUAAUUCUUAUCAUAUGCAACUCGCUUAUAGACCCUCUCAUUUACGCGUAUCGCAGUCAGGAGUUGCGCAAGACGCUAAAAGAAAUGAUUUUUUGCUCGUGGUUCUUUGCAAUAUGAGUAAUUCCUUCUAGAGGAAGUAAUUCCUUCAGGAGCAUCUGCGAUGAUGUUAAUGUUAUUGUCCUAUAUUAUUCAGUCUCAUUCUUGCAAAUAGCGUCCUUUAUGACUCUCUCUUCAACUUUACAGAAAAUACACUCAGAUACCUGCUGACUGAGAGAACUUUUAGACGCAAAACUCUUUGACUGAUUUUUCUAUGAAAUAAAUAACAAUUUGAACCAUUUGAUUUUUGAUUUACAUAAAUUAUGCUUGAUGGGAUAAAUAAUGUGGCUCAGCAUAUGACAUGUAUAAGUCCCUGUAGUUAAAAAAAAAAAAAAAAAAGUUUCAUUUUAAGCAUUUACAAUUAAUUGCUGGGAGAGAUAAAACAGCCAUGAAGUGUUCUGUUCAAGGAAAAACUGGUAUAAUAUGGAAUCGAUCCACACACCAUUGUCUAAUACUCUAAUACCACCCCAUCAAUCUGUUCAUAUUUUCUGCCUUGAAUUUGAUUAGUUUAAUCAAGGCACUCCUUAAUGAUAAUUGUAUUGUUACUGUCUUUCCUCAUUCAUUUCAUGUUUGCAUAAAAUA